AUGGUCUGGGUCAAGGCCUUGCUUUUGGGGCUUUGCGCCUCCAUUACUUUUGCGCAGUCCCUUGACGGAAUCUACGAUCUUGUUCGUCGUCGAAUGCCGAAGCAUGUCGACAGUUUUCGGUUCUCUCUGGUGGACUUCAACUCGACCAAUAACGACCGGUUCGUUGUGUCAACGGCUGCCAAUGGCACAAUCUUGGUGCAGGGAAAUUCGUUAAGCGCCCUGUCAUAUGGCAACGCAAUUGAUGACAAGGACAGUCUGCACCGCUAUCUCGCCGAUGUCGCGCUUGUAGACAUCUACUGGUUUGUCGGCAGCCAGCUACAUCUGGCACCGACGCCACUUCCUCUUCUAUCUAAACCAUUGACUGGUUCCAGCACCGUUGAAAGACGCUAUCAUUUUAAUACUGUGACCUUCUCUUACACAACGGCGUUCUGGUCAUGGGAAGACUGGGAGCUUCAGUUGGAUUGGAUGGCUCUACGAGGCAUUAACUUGCCCCUUGCUUGGGUUGGCCAGGAAAAGAUCUUGGUUGAGGUCUUCCGUGAGAUCGGUUUGACGGACGCUGAGAUCUCGUCUUUUCUGAGCGGGCCAGCAUUCCAAGCCUGGAAUCGAUUCGGUAAUAUUCAGGGUUCCUGGGGUGGUGAACUGCCAUAUUCCUGGAUUGACUCUCAAUUCGAACUACAGAAGAAGAUCGUCCGCCGCAUGGUCGAACUGGGCAUGACCCCGGUUUUGCCUGCGUUUACAGGGUUUGUGCCUCGAGCGGUCAGCCGUGUCCUUCCAAAUGCAACAGUGGUGAAUGGUUCACGAUGGGAAGAAUUUGAUGAACGAUAUACUAGCGACACCUUCCUGGAGCCAUUCGACCCCAGCUUCAUGCGCCUCCAGCGUAGCUUUAUCAAGAAACAGCAGCAAGCGUAUGGAAACAUCACGCACAUUUAUACACUGGACCAGUACAACGAGAACGCUCCCUAUUCGGGAGAUCUUGACUACUUGCAUAACGUCACCCACAACACGUGGUUGAGCCUCAAGAGCGCGGAUCCGAAUGCUGUUUGGCUGAUGCAAGGGUGGCUGUUUUACUCCAGCUCGGGUUUCUGGACCGACGAGCGUGUGAAGGCGUACUUGUCUGGUGUUGAAGUGGACCAAGACAUGCUGGUGCUGGACCUCUUUUCUGAGUCGCAGCCCCAGUGGCAGCGUACGCAGUCGUACUACGGCAAGCCGUGGAUUUGGUGCCAGUUGCAUGACUAUGGUGGUAACAUGGGCUUGUACGGACAGGUGAUGAACGUCACAGUAAAUGCAACACAAGCCCUUGCUGCUUCAGACUCGCUUGUCGGAUUUGGUCUAACCAUGGAAGGUCAAGAGGGUAACGAGAUCAUGUACGACUUGCUCCUGGAUCAAGCCUGGUCUCGGCAGCCGAUUGAUACGGACCAUUACUUCCAUAACUGGGCCAAGACUCGAUACUCUUCUGGAGUGAGAGGUUCAGCCGUACCUGAAGAAUUGUAUCAAGCAUGGGAUAUUCUGAGAAUAACGGCCUACAACAACACCAACCUGACAUCAACGGCGGUGUCUAAAUCCAUCUUUGAACUGCAACCAAGCAUCUCAGGAUUGCUUAACCGUACAAGUCAUCAUCCUACCACGGUCAGCUACGAUCCGGCCGCACUUGUCCAGGCAUGGCGGUUGAUGGACUCCGCCGCAUCCAAGGCCCCUUCUUUGUGGUCUCAACCCGCUUUUCUCUAUGACAUGGUCGACAUUACCCGUCAAGUAAUGUCGAACGCAUUUAUCCCUGUCUAUACCAAUUUGGUGUCCACUUAUCAAGCUGGAGGCUCCGUUUCCACGGAUGGAAGCAAUCUAAUUCAGCUGCUGCGGGAUCUGGACUCUGUACUUUCUACCAACGACAAUUUCCGCCUGUCAACUUGGAUCCAGUCAGCACGAUCAUGGGUGAGAAACGACACAGAGGCUGACUUCUACGAGUACAACGCCAGAAACCAGGUCACCCUCUGGGGCCCCAAGGGUGAGAUCAACGACUAUGCCUCAAAGCAGUGGGGCGGGUUGGUCUCGUCAUACUACAUUCCUCGCUGGCAGAAGUUCCUGAAUUACUUGGAAAACACUCAGGCAAGCAAGUAUAAUGCGACACAAAUAGAGGCAAAAUUGUUUGAUUUCGAGCUCAAAUGGCAGGAAGAGACGAGUAAACCGACACGAGCUAAAACUCAUGAUCUUCGAUCCGUGCUCGCGAAAGUGCGCCGAAGGUGGCCAUCAGUCUUUGGAGACCAGAAUAGUCCUUGA